UAUCAUAUAAUAAACAUUAAUUCUUUUCAAUAAGUAGUUCUGUACUUGAGCUUCUGCACCAUUAACGAAAUGAAUAAUCAGAAGCACCAGCUUCUGCUUCUACUUAUAAAAGCACUUUUCCUCAUCAAUUUCAGCCCCCUGACAUAUUCCACCACCAGAGACGCCGCAAUCUUAAUCCGGGUCAAAAACAACCACCUCCGCGACCCGCUCCGGAAACUCGACGAUUGGCUCGAAUCGGGUCGCCACGCGCCGUGCAACUGGACCGGCAUCACCUGCGACCCCGUUGAUAACGCCGUCGUUUCAAUCGACCUCUCCGGCGCUGAUGUCUCCGGCAACUUCCCGGCGGACUUCUGCCGGAUUUCUUCCCUCCGAAACCUCGACCUCUCCUUCAACAGCCUCGGCGGCGGCAUUUCUUCCGAUUCGAUUACUCUCUGCUCUCACCUCGCUUCUCUCAACCUCUCGUCGAAUUAUUUCGUCGGCGAUUUGCCGGAGUUUGCAGUGCAGUUCUUCAAUUUGACGGUGUUGGAUUUCUCCUUCAAUAAUUUCUCCGGUGAAGUACCGUCCAGUUUUGUCAAUUUGCCGGAGCUCCAGAUCCUGUCUCUCGGGUCGAAUCUGCUGAACGGGUCGAUUCCUGAGUUCCUACCCAAUCUGACCGAGUUGACUCAGCUGGUGCUGGCUGUAAAUCCUUUCUUCCCCAGUCCGCUUCCGGCGAGCAUCGGCCGCCUGAAAAAACUAGAGAACCUCGUCGCGUCGUACGCCAAUAUCAUCGGAGUAAUCCCCGAAUCCAUCGGCGAUCUCGUCUCCAUCAAAAACCUCGACCUGUCGAAGAACAAUCUCGCCGGAAAAAUCCCGGACACCAUCGGCAGGAUGAAAAACGUCGAACAAAUUGAACUGUUCGGAAACCAACUCACCGGCGAUUUGCCGGAUGCGUUUUCCGAUCUCACUUCUCUACUCCGUUUCGAUGCUUCGGAGAACAAUCUCACCGGAAAAAUACCUCAGAGUCUCGCCGCUCUGCCGUUAGAAUCCCUACAUCUCAACGACAAUUUCUUAGUAGGGGAAAUACCAGAAGCUAUAGCUCUGAGCCCUAAUCUAAUUCAGCUGCGGUUGUUCAAUAACAAACUCGCCGGCGCUUUGCCGGAGUUUUUGGGUAUGAAUUCAGAUUUGGAAGAAAUUGAUGUUUCCAACAACAAAUUACAAGGACCAUUGCCUAGAAAUUUGUGCUACAGAAAGAUGCUCCAAUCUCUGAUACUCUUCGGUAACGGAAUUUCAGGUACAAUACCGGAAUCGUACGGCGAAUGCAGCACUAUAAGUUACCUGAGAAUUCAAGAAAACGAAUUAACCGGAGUAGUACCCGAUGGGUUAUGGGGGUUUAACGGUCUCGAAUACAUCGAAUUUACAAACAAUAGAUUGGAAGGAUCGAUUCCGCCAUCCGUUUCAAACGCGAAAAACCUCGAACAGUUAUUAAUUUCCGGCAACAAUUUCUCCGGCAAGCUGCCGACUGAGAUCUGCGAUUUGCAAGAGCUGAGGAAAAUCGACUCCAGCCGGAACCAAUUCUCCGGCGAGCUGCCGCCUUGUAUUACUAAACUGACAAAACUACAGGAGCUUCACAUUCAAAGAAACAAGUUGACGGGCGAGAUUCCGGCGAGUGUAUCAUCUUGGAGAGAGUUAACACAACUGGAUUUAUCCGACAACCAAUUCUCCGGCGACAUUCCACCGGAGUUUGGAGAUUUGCCGGUGCUGACAUCAUUGAAUCUCUCAAACAAUCUACUCUCUGGCAAAAUACCGGUCGAGUUGACUAAACUCAAACUCAACGAGUUCGAUAUCUCCAACAAUAAGCUCCAAGGCAAAGUUCCACUUGGUUUCGAUACCAAGUUUUUUCUGUCAAGUCUGACGGGCAACCCGGGUUUGUGCAGCCCGGAUCUUCGACCCAUUCCCCCUUGCUCUAAACCCAAACCCGUUAGCUUGCUAUUGGUUCUAGUUCUAUCUAUUCUUGCAUCAAUACUCGUGGUCUCGUUUCUAUGGCUCUCGGUCAAAACCAAAUUCGUUCUCUUCGGUAGUAAAACCCGAAAGCCUUGGAAAAUCACCGCCUUCCAAAGAGUCGGGUUCGACGAAGAACAAGUGUUAGCCUCGUUGACGGACGAGAAUCUCGUAGGGUCGGGCGGGUCAGGUCGGGUUUACAGGGUAGGUUUGAAGAGCGGGCUUACUGUAGCAGCAAAGAGGCUCUACUACGAGCCUAAAGCGUUGGCGGAAUCCGAGGCGGUUUUUAGGUCGGAGGUUGAAAUAUUGGCAAGAAUUAGACACGUCAACAUCGUAAGAUUGUUGUUUAGUUGCACUACGGAUGAUUUUAAGGUUUUGGUCUACAAUUACAUGGAGAACGGGAGUUUGGGGGAUGUUUUGUACGGAGAGAAAGGGGGCGAAUUCUUGGAUUGGCCGAAAAGAUUUGCGGUUGCAAUUGGUGCGGCACAAGGGCUCGCGUAUAUGCACCAUGAUUGUGUGCCAGCAAUUGUUCAUAGAGAUGUUAAGUGUAAUAACAUAUUGCUUGACGAGGAUUUUAGGCCUAAAGUGGCGGAUUUUGGAUUGGCAAAGAUAUUGAAGAAACGGGAUUCGAACGACGGUGAUGAUCAAGUUAUGUCUCGCGUAGCUGGUUCUUACGGCUAUAUUGCACCCGAAUAUGCAUACACGGCGAAAGUAACGGAGAAGAGCGAUGUGUACAGCUUCGGUGUGGUGCUGUUGGAACUAAUCACGGGCAAAAGGCCCACCGACUCCUCGUUCGGCGAGAACAAGAACAUAGUCAAGUGGGUGACUGAGAUUGCGCUAUCCUCACCCGAGCGAGGAUGCAGUGACGCAACCAGCAGCGUCGAUUUCGCCGGCUUGGAUCGGAUAUUGGACGGUCGGAUGAACUUAUCCACGGUCAACUACGAUGAGGUGGAGAAGGUUCUGAACGUGGCUCUCUCGUGCACCGCUGAACUGCCUAUGAGUAGGCCAUCCAUGAGAAGGGUUGUUGAAUUGCUCAAGGACCGUUCGCAAACUCGUUUCAAGUAAUUUAAGUUAGAGAAUGCAGUAUAGGGGGGCCAAGGCCCCCCGCCAUUUCCCGAUUAGUGUAGCAUUGUCGACCUCUAGAGCAUUUUUAGUGUAUAUUUGGCCCCCCCACGAAGGUCAAAGAGUUGGAUACAUAUGACAAGGCUUUUGAGGGUUGUUGUUUGCAAUUCAGCAAAGCAAUUUUUGACUGCUGAAAACUGACUUAUGUUGUGUGGCGUGUGAAUGUUAUGGUGUUUUUGGAGGAGGUAAAUUUAAUGUAGGGGGGCUUUCGAAUUUA